UCCCUACUUCUCUGUCUCCCUCCCUUUGGUCCCUCUGCAGAUUUCGCCGACUCCUUCUCUGCCCCCAUAUAUAAAGGGCCCCAGCUAUACAAACAUUCUUACAUAUCAACAUACUUUUCUCUUUCGCCGGCGAUUUUCAAUCCCUCCGGCCGCCGGUGAUCCCUUGCCGCACUGCUGGUAUUUUGAUUUUAUGAACCAUUAAUUGAGAAUCGAUGCCGGUUGCAAAGCUCAGCAUAGGUGCUACUCCAACUGCAAUGAAAGCAGACGAGGGAAAUGAUUCCUUUGAUACCUUAAUUAGGCAAGCCAUAGGCAAGGAGCCUCUUUUUUCUUUCUCAAGAACAGGGGAUGGUCCUGUCCAGUGGGUUCAACUGCUUCAGGGAUUAGAGCCGCAAGAUAAUGCUGGUGGUUGGCCUAUGCUAACACCACCGAAAUAUCAGAAGUGUGAAAAAUGUUCACGGGAAUUUUAUUCCCCUAUAAAUUAUCGAAGGCAUAUGCGUCUACAUCGUCGAGCCUUAAACUUUGAUAAGGAGUCUCGCAAAUAUAGGGAUCUGCUGGGAGCAUUUUGGGAUAAGCUCUCAGUGGAUGAGAUUAAGGAAGUUGUAUCAUUGCAUGAUGUUUCAAUAAAGGAUCUUUCUGGAUCUUCACUUGUUCAGGACCUGGCAACAUCUAUGCGAAAACCGGCGGUCUGGACUCUUCCCCAAGAUUAUUAUAAGGCUGGCUUAGCUUUGUUGGACCUCAUCCAAGCUAUACCUGCCAAGCUUACCUCUCAGGAAUUAUUUAGCAUCCUUGAUGAUGCUAGCGAAAGAACAUUUUUAUGUGCUGGUACAGCUGAGUCUGUUCAAAAAUAUGUUUUUGAUGGGGAUGCUUCCAGAAAAGGUCCUGAGCUGAAAAACUUGGUAGCUUGCACUAGCUUCCUGUUUGAACAGAAACUGGUAAAAGCAUGGUUUGCAGACAAAGAUGCUGAAGCUUUGAGAUGCCAGAAUUUGCUAUUUGAGGAGGAGGAAGCUGCUAAAAAAAAGCAAGCUGAGUUGCUGGAAAGGAAAAAACUGAAAAAGCUUAGACAGAAGGAACAGAGAGAAAGGGAGCAAUCAAAUUGGGAAAGGGGAGAUUUGGAGGUUCCAAUGGCUGAAUCUUCCAUCCUUUCAACUGCAGUAUCUGAUUCUAACUCAAGUACGCCCGAAGUAUCUGAUGAUACCUCCUCCUGCCUUGAACUUGUACAAUUCUCUAACAAUGAAGAUAUGGACAUUGAAGCCCAACCUAAUCACUCUAAUCAGCAUCUGGAUUUGGUUGAAAUUCAGGAUGUUGAGCUCCCAUCAGUACCUGCACAUAGUCGACGGCAUUUCCCCCAUACCCAGUGGCAAGUGCCAAAAUCACAAAGAAUGGGGCGAAAUGGUUCCCAUAACAACCAGAAUCAUCAAGUACAGAAACUUGAUCCAGUACAGAAGCAUGGAGUUUUUAAAGACCGUGGUACCCCUGUUAAUGGCAGUAAGAUUUGGACAAAAAAAAUUAGAGUGCUAAAUGGUGAGCGCUUUAGACCGGAGCUGCAGGAGGAGGCAAUAGAUCAAAAUCAGAGUAACUGUGAAGUGAUGAUUGGUUCUAUUUCUGUUCCAAUGAAAAAUUUCAGCACUCCCGAACUGGGUAAUGGUCCUGCCGUAGAAAGAGAGAACUUCGACAGCACAGAACCAGCCAUGCCUCAAAAGUGUAAUCUUGUAGUGAAUCCAGCAAAGCAAGAUGCUCUUCAGGGUGGGUUAAAUGGGGCAGCUGUGAAACUUUGGAGGCCUGUGAGCAGGCAUGGAAGUGGACAACAUCCUGAAGAGGCUGUGACCACUGGAAAGUUGGAUAAUCAAGCUCCAUCCACUGAAAAUUGUUUGCGGUCGUGCUCUAUGGACAACCCUAUUGGCAAAAGUAAGAAUUACACAUGUCAGGUUUCAGAUGGUAAUGUUCAUCAAGGUCUGGGGUUUUGCAGUAUUUCUGCAAAAGCUUUUCUCUCUCAGAGAUGGAAGGAGGCUAUCUCCGGAGAUCAUGUUACAUUAGUCCUUUCCAAUGACACCAAGGUUUCAGGACAUACUGAUGCGCAAAACGGCAGUUCAGAAGCAGCCCCAACAUCAGAUGAUCAGGAGCAUGGCAUUCUUGUCAAAGCUGAUAACCAGCAGACAAAUACUGGAGUUUCUAAUUUAUCGUCCUAUGGCAAUUCUAAGCUCAAGUUCAGGCAGAAGCCUGAUAAGUCUAUUAAGACUAGGUACAUUCCAAAGCAAAAACCAUAAUUUAGGAUACAAGUAUUUCCUGAUUAUACCUGAUUGUGCAGUUUUUAGUCAGUCCAGCAGAGGUUCCGUUUUACCUGUGGUCUUCUGUCACAGUUACAGUUGAAGUAAGGUUUUCUAGAGUAGCUUAUAUCCUGUCCCCUUCUUGGAGUUGUUACCGCAUUUUGGCUAGGGUAGCCUUCUUUUUGCAGCUUACAGAUUCUGUAAUAAGUUGGGUUUAAAAUUUUUUGAGUCUGAUUGCUCAUUAUUUUCUGCUAUGGCAGCUCGCUGAAUUCUGAUGUUAGUUUGAACAAUAUAUGAAUAUAGAAACAAUUGAUAAAAAUGGUCCCAACUUUCACAGACCAACUGC